AUAAUGAGCUGCUCUGGGCUAUAAAUACCGUUGCAGUCUGGACAAGAGCUCAUACUCAGAAUAUCUGUCGAGAUGAAGUUAUUGGCUCUACUUGUUGCCCUGCUGGCCGUGGUCGUGAUGACUGCCAUUCCCGUUUUCGGGCAUGUUCUUCCACAAUGUCCACCCUCACCAACCGAUGAAGUCGCCCAAAGCGGUGGCUACGUAAUCACAGACUUAUCAGCUCAACGAUCCGCUCAAAGAUCUGCUCAAGCUCCACCUCCAAGAUAUAAUAUGGGCAGAAGAAACUAAAUGAACUACGAUACACAACUACUGUAUCAUAAUGAUUUCAAAGCGAAUAAAGUAUUCAUUUUCCGAACCAAA